AUGUCAGUAGUAGCAAUCAAAAACGGAAUCACAAGUCUCAUAAGUUCCAAGAAUAAAAAAGAUGAAGAAUUAGAAAGAGUCGAGAGAUUAAUAGAUAACAACCAGAUUCCUUAUGGAUCAACAGACGAAUCAGACGAAAGAGCUCAACAAAUUGCUAGAGAAGAAGCAAUCAUACAAGCUGCAGCUUCAAUAACAUCAUCUUCUGGUGGUGAAGGUAAAGAAGAAGAAAAUGUCGAUGGUAUAACUGCAUUCUUCAAUAGUUUUGAUCCAAGAGUGAUGUCAGAUAUAAUUAUAGGAUUAUCUGAUGGGUUAACUGUCCCAUUUGCAUUGACUGCUGGGUUGUCUUCUUUGGGUGAUUCAAAAUUGGUUAUUACUGGUGGUAUGGCAGAAUUGGUUUCUGGUGCCAUAUCAAUGGGAUUGGGUGGUUAUUUGGCUGCCAAAUCUGAAUCCGAAUAUUACAAUUCUCAAGUUAAAAAGGAAAAAUUGGAAUUUUUCAAAAAACCAGAAAUGAUUAAUCAAGAUGCUGCUGAAAUUAUGUUUGAAUUGGGUGCUAGUGAACAAACCAUUGUAUCGUUUUUAAAAGAUUUGGAUGCUAAACCAAGAAAUUUAAUUGAUUUUGUCAUUAGAUUUGGUAAAGGUUUAGAAGAACCUGCUGAUGGUAGAGAAUUAACUUCAGCUUUAACUAUUGGUGCCUCAUAUUUCCUUGGUGGGUUUGUACCAUUAUUACCAUAUUUUUUCACUAGUCAUGUUGGUACUGGUUUAAUCACAAGUGUUGUUGCCAUGUUGGUGGUGCUUAUGUUGUUUGGUUAUUUCAAAUGUAGUAUUUCUAUGGGUGAAGGUUGUCCUACUCAUAAGAAAUUUGCUGCUGGGUUUGAAAUGGUGGUUGUUGGUUCAAUAGCGGCCGGUGCAGCAUGGGGAUUGGUUUAUUUGAUAGAGUAA